AUGACAUUACCAAAAAACAAGAUCAAGAAUGAAGAUGGUGAGAUAGAUUAUGUACACUCAGAAGAAAAAGAGGAACAGAAAAGUCAAUAUUAUAUUAUAGUGAAAGAAGAAGAGGAUAAAUAUGAGGAAGAAAAAGAUAACUUUGAAACUGUCAUUGGAGAGAAAACGAAGAUUAAAGGAAAGAGUGAGGUAGAUUAUGAAGAGAGAGAAGAGGAUGAGGAAUACGAUGGAAAUUAUUUGCCCUGUUAUAUAAAACAAGGAGAGGAUGAAGGAGAAAAUAAUAUUGAUGAUGAAAUUAUGCCAGAAGACAAAAGAAAAAAAAAAGAAGACAGUGAUGAAGGUUAUGCAGAGCCAAAAUAUGAAGAAAGUGAUGAAGAAGCCAAUUAUAUACAGUCAAAAGAAGAGGACAAAGAGGAAGAAGAUAAGAAAGAUGGUGAUCUUUAUGACAGAAAAGAAGAACAAUGA